AUGGGGAAAAACGGCUCGUUUAAUUUGGGAUUUACCGCUUCAAGUGAGGACAUAAAAGGAAAACAAAGUAAUGGCGUUGCGAAUGGUGAUACUGAGAAAAAUAUAAAUGCAAUUAAUGAUAGUGACAAUAAAAGUAUAUCCAAGAGCGAAAGCACCGGAAAUAUUGUGAAUGAGAAGGAUCAUCAUGACUUUCAUGAACAUGGACCAAAACGUGCAACAUGGGGUCAUGGAUUAGAAUUUUUAAUGAGUUGUAUAUCGCUCUCUGUUGGUUUGGGAAAUAUUUGGCGAUUUCCAUUCACGGCCUAUGAAAAUGGGGGCGGUGCUUUUCUGAUUCCAUACAUUGUUGUUCUAAUUCUGGUGGGAAAACCAAUGUAUUAUUUUGAAAUGAUACUUGGACAAUUUACAUCGAAAGGAAGUGUCAAAGCAUCCUCAACAAUUCUCAUCCUGAAAGGAGUUGCAAUUGGACAACAGUUCGGUGUUUUAACUGUCGUCACUUACUAUGUAUCCUUAAUCGCAUUAACAUUAUUCUACAUGAUAAAAAGUUUCUCUGCCACACUCCCAUGGAGUUAUUGUUGGGACAGUUGGAGUGAUGUGUCAUGUGUACCAGCAGAUCCAAAGCUACUUGAUGGUGUCAAUCGAACAAAUGGAGUAAGCUCUUCAGAGCUUUAUUAUAUUCGUGAGGUUAUAAAACAAAAGGACGACAUAAGCGACGGAUUAGGACUUCCUGACUGGCAAUUAACAUUAUGGCUUCUUCUUGCCUGGGCUGUUGUAUUCUUUGUGAUAAUGAAAGGAAUUAAAAGCUCUGGAAAAAUCUCUUACUUUUUGGCGAUGUUUCCUUAUGUUGUGUUGAUUACUUUGCUUAUUCGAGCUGCUACACUCAAAGGAACUUGGGAUGGAAUCAAAUAUUUCAUUACACCGGAUUUUGGAAUGCUGCUGAAUCCGAAGGUAUGGUACAGUGCCAUCACCCAACUGUUUUUCUCGUUGAGCGUCGGACAAGGAACUAUUAUCAUGUUUUCAUCAUAUAAUCCCUUUGAUCACAAUAUAUACAGAGAUGCAAUGAUAGUAACAACAAUGGACACAUUCACAAGUUUACUCGGUGGAUUUACCAUUUUCGGUAUUCUUGGAAAUUUAGCAUUCAAUAUUGGUGAAACAGAUGUGAGCAAGGUCAUAAAGAGCGGUGGAAGUGGUCUUGCAUUUAUUUCAUAUCCGGAAGCAAUUUCAAAGUUUGAGUAUGUUUCGCAGCUUUUUGCUGUUCUCUUUUUCUUCAUGCUGUUCACUCUUGGUGUUGGAUCGGCUGUCGGCUUACAAAGUGCUAUAAAUACAAACUUAAAGGACAUUUUUCCAAAAUGUAAAAGUUGGUUGAUGGCUGCAAUUACUUGCAGUAUUGGAUUUUUAAUUGGACUCGUCUAUGUUACGCCCGGCGGACAGUGGAUAUUGAACUUGGUUGAUCACUUCGGAGGAACCUUCUUGAUUUUCGCAUUGGGAACUCUUCAAAUAACAGCCGUCAUGUGGAUUUAUGGAAUGGAGAACUUCUGCUGGGAUGUUGAGUUUAUGUUAAAAAGAAAAGUCACUUUGUUCUGGAGAAUUUGCUGGAUGUUUGUCACGCCAUUUCUGCUGAUUGUUAUCUUCAUUUACUUUGUUGCCAGUUUAGAAAAUCCAACAUACAUGAACCUUCAAUUCCCAUAUCCCGUUCUCUUAGCAGGUUGGGCAAUCUUCAUUGUUGGAAUGCUGCAAAUUAUUCUUUGGGCUGCAUUCAUAGUCAUGAAUGAUCCUGAUAAGCUUGAGUCAUUUAAAGGACUAUUUAGACAAAAUCCAGAAUGGGGUCCAAAAUCUCCAAGAGUGUUUAAGGAAUGGAUGGAAUAUAAGAGCGAAAGACUACAACAACGACGAGAACAGUCAAAUAAUCAUCCAAAACUUAAAAAGUUCUUUUGGAUUGUACUCGGAAAGUAUAAUUAA